AUGGGCACAGAGAUUGACGCACCACUUGUUCGAAAAAUUACCAAGCAUGAAAUUGUUGCUAACAUUUACCUCUUUAUGGCAGCCGGCUAUGAAACAACAAGUACUGCAUUAGCCUAUACUUCGUAUGUUCUUGCUACUCAUCCAAAUGAACAACUCAAAUUACAAGAACAUAUCGAUUCUUAUUUUAAUCCAGAUACAGAUGAUGAUGCACCAAGCUAUGAAACAAUCUUGAAAAUGGAAUAUUUAGAUA